GUCAACACAAGUUUUGUUGUUUUCGCGCAACAACAACAAAAAAAGUGGUGAAGUAGGCCUACUGUAUCUACCUAGGCCUGGGCAAGGUUUCCUUUUGUUCGUCAUUAAAAAUAUAAUAAGUAUAUGUUAAAUUGAGGUCAUAUAAUCUGUGUGAAGGAAAACCAAACAGAAAUGGAGUCAUUGUAUUUCAAAUUCAAUGAGAAGGACCUAGAGAUACGAGACAUGGAAGAAGCUGAUUUUGACAAAGCCAUAGAGCUAUUUGCUGAAGGCGAAAAAUAUGUUUACAUUUCAUUUAGAGGUGUCAUGCAUUUAUUGAAGAAAACAAAGUUUCUUGUACCUACUGUAAUAUUAUGUGGACUUGUUUAUGCAGGAAGCCAAUCAGUAUUUUGGACACUGGGAGCAUUUUCUCUGUACUGUUUCAUGCUUUAUUUAUUAUUGACAAGGAUGACAAACAAUUACAUCAAGAAGGAGACAAAACAGGAUAAAAAGGGCCUGAAAGAACAUUUAGAAAAUAUGAGAUGUUGUUAUAAAUUAGCAGUUUAUAAAGGAGACAUUGUUGGAUCAGUGUGCAUCUCAGAGAUGAAAUCUAAACCUUUAGUUGCUGAAUGUAGGCGGUUAUAUGUGAAGAAGAAAUUCAGAGGCUUAGGAGUUGGGAAGAAGCUUUUAGAAAUAGCAUUAGCAUUUAGCAAGAAGUACAGAUUCAAACACGUUUGCCUAACAACUUCCGCUUUGCACAAUGAGGCUAGACAACUGUACAAGAAGUAUGGUUUCAAGGAAGAGGGUUUGGUUGCAAAUGAGUUGGUUACUCAUAACAGAAUGUUUUUAAAGUUUUAAGAAAAUUCUUGGACUUCCCUGUCUCCUUCCCCCUCCUCUACUCACUUUGAGGUUGAAUAUUUUGUUGAAAUAAUUAUGUAUUCUUUAAAAGAUAAAGUUAAAGGUAGGAGAAUAACCCAUAACUCCCUGCGUCAUUGUGCUGAAUUGCGUAUGGGGGUGGUCCGUGACUACUGUACCUAGCAGCCGUAAAGAGGCCCUUAUAGUAGGUACAUUUUCAAAUCAUUCCACAAUGACAUGGGCUGAAAUGAACCAUAACUUCAGGGUUACCCACUACUCUUCCGAAAGAUGCAAUGGGUUCUUUAAGGUGCACACAAGCCAGAUGUAUACACUGGGCCUCCAUUUUAAGUCCUUAUCCUAAAAGACUUUGUUGUACCAACCAAAACCUGGGCGAGGAGCGGAUGGAACCAGCGCCGAUGAUGAGGCUGUAGUUUAGCAGCUUCCCUGCAUUACCGCUCGGCCACUCGACUCGCCACAUAAAAUAUUGUGAAGUGCUAGAUACAAUGGUGUUUAUAUCCUAAAGGGUGCUUGAUGUACAAGAUUCAAGAUUAAUUUAUUCAUUGUCAUGUGCAAUAUAUACAGUAUAUGAAAUUUUUUUCUUUGAAUGAAUACAUAAAUACAUACAAUUAUAUAUAUAUACAUAUAUAUAUAUAUAUAUAUAUAUAUAUAAUGUGUAUGUAUUUAUGUUUGCAUUGGAGAGCCACUAGACAGUGAUUCAGUUCACUUUUUGUCAAUCCUCUCCGGCCAGUUAAGUGAAGUUUUUUCCUUUUUCUUUUAUGGUGUGUGUGUGUGUUUUAAUAUACUUUGGACGUAUUAAAUAAAAUGAAAUGAAAUCACAAUUUGAACAGGGAGAGAAUAUGGCUUAGAUUAUUGAAUUAUGUUAUGUCGGCUCUGAAUUGUAAUGAUCUGCCAUGUUCAUUAAAGGCUCUUAUUGCACAUGGUGAUAGGUAUUUGGUGGUUAAUUUCUUUCAAAGUUGGAACCAUUCUGUCUGAUUUGUUAAUUUUUAUCAAUUUAUGAAUUGGAUAGGUACUACUUAACUACUGGUAACUGAUUUGGUGUUUUUUUUUUUUAAUAUUAUGCAGUGUUUAGCUUUUUCAGUUUCUUUUGGUUUACAAAACAGUUUGUUUUUUUAUAUAGUUAUUUUUACACAUUUUAUUUAUCGGUGAAGGACUAGGAAUUGUUGUGCCUAAGCACAGAUGUUUCCCUGAAUAA